GUUAGAUGUUGGCGUAUCAUAGCAACAAGCUCAAACAAAAGUGAAGUGGGAAAGAUGGCGUCGCAGAGAGAAAAAGACGCCGCUGAUUAUCUCAAGAAACACAAAAUUAUCGCGCUCAUGGACAACCUGACCAGCAUGCUCUUCUUUUACAGACCGGGGAAUCCCAGAGAGUUUCUUAUUGAGCAGCUGGAACAGCUGAAGAUUUCUCAGCAGAGUGGUAUGGGAGGGCCGAAUCUGUUCAACAACGCCAACCUGAAUGCAGUGUUCGGGAUACUGGACCCCACUAAUCAAAAAUACAUCACUUUUGCCCAAUACAAGCAGGCUCUGACCACACUGGGCAUUAAAGACAUUAACGAGUGUCCUGAAGGUGUAAAUGAAGACAGAAUAUCCCAUGAGACCUUCAAAACAGAAGCGAUACAAGGCCUGCAGAGAUGCUCAGCAACAUAUCAGCUCACCUGAUAUUAUUUAUUCCAUGAUAUAAUGUUUGGAUGUCAUCAUUUGGACUGAGCUUUAUGUGGAGCUGUGUUUUGUAAAAUGAGCACAUUUUAUAUCAUUAUUGUUAUUAAACUGCUAAUGUUAAUAUGUAUUCUGAUUCAGGCAGUUUCAUUUCCAUGCAGGUGAUGUUUUUCAGUUCUUUUGUUUAACAUCAGAAAGACAAUUUAGUUAAAUUAACUUUGGUGUAAAUACAAAGUGUUAACAACUUUCCUGGCAGUGUCUUGUAGCCAACCAUCCUCCUGGCAACCUGAGCUGCUGCAUCACACCAGCCUAAGUAGAUGGGGCUGGAUAAUCGGACUGUGCCAUUCGACCACAGCCUGAGGGGUGUUAUCAGGAGCCACUCCAUCUACGCCACCCCUUAAAAAUGUCUCCCCUGCAAUUAACUAUGGACUGGCCAGCAUAGACUAUAUAUAAUCCUGCAGUAGGUGAGCAAUACAGUGUCUCUUGGUCAGAGGAGCACUACUAUGUUUUAACUGUAUUCUGUUUGGUUUAGUUGAGCUAUGUUUAGACUCUAGAGCAGUUCUGUUAAGUUUAUGUACAGCUAUGUUUUUUUGUAUGACUUUGGCUUGGUUUUGUUAACCAUCCUAGAUUUUUGUAAAUGCUUUGGGUGAAUAAAACCCCUAUUUUUCCACCUUGA